GUUGCUGGUCUGUGUUCCAACAGGGCCACGGCUGAAACUACCUCAGCCGCGAGGGGACCGCCGGGGGAGUCGACAAUUGGAACCGAGGGUGGGCGAGCGGCGGCAGCUUCCGAAGAAGCGGGGGACACUACUACAGGGCAGCUGCAUCUCGUGCCUGCUAUGCGCUUUCCACCUGGUCUCGGCCUGGAGCAGACCGAAGAACUGAUGCGAGCGCUGCCAGCACAGCAAGUCUCGUCUCCGCAAGUAGACCAGUCGCGGCGCCAGGAACGUGAUGAUCUCCACGCUGCGCCACGAAACAAAGUUGGGGAGAACUACGAGAAGAACCCGCCAGAGGAAAUCAUAAAGAUGAACCACCUGGACCACAUAGAAUCGUCUUCCGCAGGCAAAUAUGCAUUGCAAAUAUGUCUGGCUCUGGAAAGGUACAACUUGUGAUGUUGCAUUUGGAUGUCAAAAAAAAUCUGUAUUGCAUGAGCAGCAAAAGGAAUCUAAUUUUUGCUACGCGGAGAGGACAUUUGUCAUGCGGAAUAGGCAUCGAAAAGGCCUCAAAAAAUCUGGGAUGCUAGGGCAUGCAUCACAGACAUCAUAGCUCAUGCAAAACGUGCGUGACAUUCUUCAAGACCCAGACAUAUUUGCAGUUGAUAGCAAAACCACAUCUACCGGGUACCCGUCCCCGGAAGUUGACAUGUUGGCCGUGGAAUCAGUACCACCAGAAAGUGACCACCAAUGGUCUGCUCUUUUCCACCCUGCUAACACCUCUUCUUCCCCAGCACCACGAAAGCAGUCUCCAGUGCUGGAAGAGGGAGCUGGAACCAAGGGCGUCGGCAGCGCUGCAGUGGUUCCUGGAAUUUCUGAAAGCAGCAGCAGCCAGCAAGAGACCAUCACUGAAAAUGGUAUGCAUGUUCCAGGGUCGACGCUAGCGCCCCACGGCGAACCUGUCUCUGACGAUUUUGCUUGUUACCCGAUAUUAAGCUGUUCGAGCGUGGCCGACGGUUCGGCAAAAAAUUCAUCCAGUUGUGCUGUUUCUAGUUGUUCAACUUUUACUUUUAUCAAGAGGAAAAGCUGCGCCCCGCUCCGAUGAUUUCGAAGUGCUUCCGAUGCACCGGAGGCAUUGCUGUAAGCAAGCACUUGCGCUUCGUUGUCUGGGCAUGAUAGGUGUCGGAACUGUGCGUGAUAACAAUAAGCAUACGGCCAUAGGCAUUUUUUGUAUUUGUUUGGUAAGUAUGAAGUAUAAUGAAAGCGGGGCACUUUUUGUUUCGAUAAUUUUCGCCGGUCGGAUGUCGCACCAGGACCAGGAUCACGACCCUGCCGAAGAACUACUCUUGGGGCCGCUGCCUCGUACAGAGUCGGCGAACACCAGUACCAGCGGCAGCGUGCAAUUGGAAUCCCUGCAGCGCACCAUUUCCAUCCGGACGACCAACAUGUUGGCGCGUACCUUUUCCAACAAAUCAACAUCCACAUUCCCGCCCGGGGAGGGGAUCAUGCAGCACCAGCUUACAGAGAAUGGCUGCAGUCUCGCCGCUGAAUUAAUGGCGGGGACUACACAACAUCACGGGGGAGACGGAGCAAGCUGCUGGGCGCCCUCAACGUCGUCGAUGGUGGAGGAGCUCUUGUUCAGGCUUGCACGACCCUCAAAGAUGUCCAGAAUUAGCACUGUAGCGGAGCAGAUGGCGGCCCCAACGGGCGGGGGAGCUGCUUCUCAUGAAGGUACUGGAACUGGCACAAACGCGCUGUAUAAUCACACUGGUUCGGUGCCGGUUCUGCCGAACACGUCCGUGUCAACAUCAUCAAACCAAGUCGUCUCGUGCCAAGGCGGUGUAGCGGCAAUUCUGCCGGCCGGAGCCGUGCAGCAACCCACGACCUCCACAACAACUGCGAGCAUUAUACCGACAGCAGCGGCUGCGACCUCCACCUCCAGCGUGAAAAAUGUUUCGCCGAGUGUCCCCCACCACAUGGCCUUGCUGCCACCGUCAGCGCGAUCUGUUACCGGCUCCACUACCGGCGGCACGGGAGUUACGGACACGCACUCCUUCUGGUCGGGCGCUCGAGGGUAUCGAACAGAAAUAAACAAGCACACCCGUCCCAUGAUUGCAAGAUAUAUCUCGCGCUGUUUCAGGUACUAUCGCAGAAGGUUGUCCCUCUUGUUUGGCUUUUGUUCAGGAUGCUGACCAACUUUGUAGGAAACGUCUGCAUCCCUAUGUUGCCCAUUAUUCGCAUUUUUACAUCUCUCGCAUGGCCGACGACGCCCAGAAAGCAGGGAGUCAUACCCAUAUGAUCGGUAGCACCAUACUGCACGUCGUGCGGAAGAUCUGAAUUGCACGUCGUGCGGAAGAUCAUCAGCAUUAGGACAGAAAAACAGCAUAAGACCGCAAACACAUUUUGUUCUCUGGUACUACGGGAGGUGCGUCUUUUCUCUUCGAUACAGAUUCCUCGUCCCGCUCCAGUUCCUUCGCUGGCGGUUUGUUGGCGAGGGGCGGCGGGCCCUACAAUGUGCGAAUGGCGGAAAAGCUACCCUCCAUUGAGGGGACGAGUGCAGCAGCUGGUGCACAGCACGUCGCUGCAGCAGGACCUGGACCUGCUUCGUCCACAGGUGGUAUAACAGCAUCACUUCUUGCGGACCAAACCGCCACCACAGCCACCGCCGGACGACAUCAGCCCCUUGUGCAUCCAGACCCCCAUGAUUCUCUGCGCCUGCAGGCAGCUGCACCGAUGCAGUGGCAGCAUUGUUCGCAGCCCAACGCUCAAGAUGACCAGCAUUUUGUUUAUUCCGUGCAGCAAGGUACUUCUGCUUGCGUUAGUGCGAGCACCAUGCAGCAGAGUUGCACCACAAAAACCAACAUGGGAGCCGCGCCCUCCGUACUGGCCCCACAGUAUCUCAACAGUACUCCGCCAUUGUACAAGACUUUGUCGACGUAUGAGAGAGAGAGUGCACACCUGCUUCCCCUCCCCCUCAUCUGAAAGGCCUGGGCACAUCACAAACCACGUCAGAAAUGUACUAAUCGCCUGAAGGGAAAAUUUCAAUUUUCGCCUGGACGGUGGUGCGGCUUGGGGUCUUGAAACAUGUCAGGCAACUACGUGGUACAUAAAGGGAGCAGCGUGGCAAAGAAAUGAGGUAACCGUAACGCAGUUAUGCCUUUGCAUGACAAAUGUUCGGGUGUUCCGGGCUGUGCUUUGUGCUCCCCUCGGACCCCGCACCCCCCCGGGCUCAGUAGCGCAGUCUGUUAAGCAUGACAAAUGAAGCUCGCGAUACUUUUCGCGGUUCUGACCCUAGAUCUCCUGCGGCCGUAGCUGCUUGCGGCGACGGUGCAAAGGUUUUCGAUGUGGCGCAGUCGGGUAUGCAUGACAAAUGAAGCGGACGGGGGGAGUUGUGCACUCUCAUACGACGGGCACGGAGCAAGAUUGGACGCAGCUGAAGUUACCAACUGCGAGAGAAGAGGAUAGUGAAGACAAAAACAUGAAUAACGAACAGCACGGAAGCGACAUGACAGUAGGCGUUAUUGGUGUGGUUCCUGAGCAGCUGCACCACCUGCGGAAGGAGCAGCUCUCCAAAACUCCCUCAGUUCAUCAGGCGCGGCCAGAAGGAGAGCUUCUCGUUGUGCAUGAUCCGGCUAGAAGAGCAGCAGUGCAAGUUAGUUGUACUUCGACCACAGUAGGAGCAUCAAUCGAGGAACAACCUCAGAGCGUGGUCCAACUAAAUCAACUCUCCAGCAUCGGCCCCGGCCACACCAGCAGCUCGGGGCACCAGCAGCUGCAGCACCCGCACCCCGUCUUCAACAUCAGCAACCACGACGUUCUUGUUCCCAAUCAACAGCAGCACGAAAAUAUUGUCCGAAGUAAUCACAUUCAGCACCUACCUGCGUCAGCAUCAUCUACGCCGUAUGCCACAAACUUUCCAUCGCACAGCAAAUACAACAACGAGUGCGCAGAAGGCAACGCGAACGCGCAGCUGCAGAAGCGCCCCACGACGAACACUAAUUUUUACGCCAGCAACAACGAUGCAUUUUUCAAUUGCAGUGCAGCACAAGCUAGUACCAAGCAGCCGAGCGUCUCCCCCGUACAGGCAUACCAAGACAAUUGGGCGUGGCCCGACCCGGCCGCCAUCGCGUCGGCCACCUACGCGGCACAACUCCCGUCGCAGAUGUUGGGUGCGCAGUCGCACACGGGCAUCAUUCCCAAUCCGCAGCAUCAGAUUUGUAGUUUCAAUUUCGCAGGCGCUUCAGGUAACGCAUACUCAAACCCGAUGACCAACUGGUCAGCAGGCAAAAACGGUGGGCCGUACAACCAACAGGCGCCUCCGUCUGCUCCGCAGAACCCACAAAUGUCGGUAUUUGUACUACGCGGACAUUGUUCUCUACUCUUCAUGUUUUCAGAAGAUGCGCAGGCAUCUAACGACCACAAAGGUCGCUGUUUCAUAUUCCGCGGUGCUGUGCGUUUGCUGUAGUUAGCCGAGUUAGAUAUUGCUGCUUGUUGCGGUGUUCUUUCUUUCUUCUCUUUCUCUGUUAAAUGGUACUGGUACCAAAGCUAAAGUUUAAAAAACUUUAUACUUAAACUAUAACUAUCAGAUGGACAAGCACUACCCUUCAAACGGGCCCGCGAGUGUCGGCUAUCUGCACAGCACCGCAAACCAUGGCUCCUCUUGCACCGGACCACAUGCGGUGCCGCUCCAAGCACCGGUCCUACAGGAGAGCGCCUCGAAGCUGCAAGAUAAAAACAAAAAGUACAAAUGUAAUAUACUCACUUCAGUAAUUUUUCCUGCACUCUGGCUCUGCUGGAGGUGCGCGUGCGUAAGACACUAUGAGUAGCGUUGUAUGUAGUAAGAUGUCAAGAACAAAUCUAGGCAAAAACAGAAACGGAUGCUGAUAAGUACAGAAGAUGAAGUUUUUUUGUUGCACGACCUGCUGUUCCAAACUGUGCCCCCGUUUGGUCAAAUAACAGCUCUACUUCGUCGAAAGCAAGCGCCUUAUGGAGUGCAAAAAUGUCUGGGUCUGGGAGAUUGCAAGAUUUGUCAUGCAUAUUUUGCAUGAUCCAUAAUGGCCGUAAUGCAUGGCCUAGCAUCACAGAUUUUUAGAGCGCUUCCUUAUGCCUAUUCCGCAUGACAAAUGCCAUCUCCGCGUACUGCGGGAGAAAAUAGAAAAAGCGGAAAAUGAGGUCCCAGACCUAGCGAUAGUAAUGAGAAGGGGAAAAGGUACUGCAGACAGAGCUGAAGUGAAAAGAAACACCGAGGAAGGGAAAAGGGAAGAAAUACCGCUCAGGGUGGCGAACGUGCUCAAUCAUGACAAUGAGUACACGGAAUGGGUGCGGUUUGAUUUUGGGCCGAAGCGGAUUCCACUGAAGCCAGUGUGGGAAUGGCCGGAAAUGUCGAAAAUAGAGAGGCAAGUUUAUAUCCACAGGAAAACGAAAGAAAAGGAAACCGGGGGAGACGAAAAGAAGAAAAAAGAAGACGUAGGAGACGGAAAAGAAAUCGGACAAGAUACAGAAAAAAAAGACAGGGCGAACCCUCAAAACACGAAAGCACCGAAAAAGACCGGCAGCGCUGCCAAGACAGGAGAGGAGAGCAGCGCCACAAGCAGCCAAGAUAAAAGAAGCCAACCGGAUAAAAAAGACAAAAAAGAAGGAAAGCGGGAGGACAGAAGGGAAGGCGAAGCGCUGUCUGAGACAAUUCUGCGACUGAUCGAGAAAGAAAAGAGGAAGGCAGAGGAAAAUGGUGAUGAGAUGGCACAAGGGGCGUUUAGGAUAAUUCAAAAAGCGACAAAACUGUUGCAAGAAGUCGAAGGAAUGGAAAAAGAUGAAGGCAAACGCAUGGCAGACGAAAAAGCGGAGGUGGGGGCGACGGACGAGAAAAGGGACGACAACAGUGAAGAUAGAGAAAAGGACGAGCAAAAAGACUUCUACGAGGCAGAAACAUACGAGGGCACCCGUAGAGGAUAUGUUUUCAAAAGAGGGAUGAUGGGACAGGGAUACUACAUAGAUCAGGGCCCAGAAGAGGCAACGCGAGCUUUUUUCAGAAAUCUAGUGGCGUGGGGAGAGGAUGAGAAAAAGGACGCGACCAAAAAGGAGCAGGCGGAGAUAGAUGGAAAAUAUACAGAAGCGAAGCAGGAGCAACAGAAAAAGAGGAAAAUUGAGAAAGAAGGCGAGCAAGUUAGCCACGAGGACGGAUGCAGGGACGCGGGGAAAAAGCGAGAGCAGGAGGCCCAUAAAUUCCCCACAGUCGAGCAAUUAAUGGCGGAUGGCGCGAUACUGGAGCAGGAAGAAGAGAAACAAAGGGAAAGCGAGAGAAGAAAACAGGAAGAAAAGAAGAGGAGGAGGCAAAUGCAGUAUGAAACCCCUAUGCAGAGAGAAUUAGCCCAGAUGUAUAGAGCUCCUCAAGAAGACAACAGCAAUAAAAAACGAACGAUGACAGCAAGAAACUUUGAACAUUAUGCAAAUAAAAUAGAGGCUGAUGCUUGGAAAGUAUAGCAGAGGCAGGAAGUGGCCUCAGACGUGACAGAAAAAAGGAGACCCAAAAAAAAACGGCGAAGAGGAGUUAGACAGGGGCUCAGGGCGAAUAAGGCGAAUGCGGGGUGUUCUGGCGGGUGCAGAGGAAAGAGUGAGGGCAAAAAGCAGAAACGUAAGUAAGAGUGAAAACAGAAAAACAAGACGGUCACGCGUGAACCCCGAUUCGAACCGUCCUUGUUUCGUAUCGUCUCCGCCUGCCGAUGGGGCAUGGCGCUGCUUCUCCUUUCGUUUCCGCCAAUUAAAGGCGCUGCUAUCCAAAACUAAUGAGGAGGAAAAGAAAGAAAAACUAUAUCAAAGAAGUGGCGCCAGGGUUGCUAAUUUAAAGACUGCGCUAAGGCAGCACCCCCCUUCCCCAAGGGGCCCCCCCGGGGCGGGCGCGGUGGCGGCUCUGCAAAUGCGGAGCUCCGCGGGCCGAUUCUCUGAAAACGCAUAAAGAAGGGUGCGGGAAACAGAUCGGUAAGAGGUGUCUGAAAGGGACAUGCCGUUGGGUCGUCCGCCAUCGUGAUAGGAUCACCGUGUCUGAUCAAUAGGCCCCCAGUAUAUUUUUUAGCGCGCAACCGGCCACAGAAGUAAGAACCGAGCAAGUUUGUAAGACUACCCCAUCAAGGCGAAACUGGAGCUCCACCUUGCUCGCGGGCUUGGAUGGUAAGGCAGGUCAGCCACACAUAGCGCCCACUGGUUGCAGCCAUGCGUAAGUAAUCGAUAGCGGUUUUGCAGGUGCGGCCGGGUGGUAGUUAGGAAGUGGGCCGGGUCUCCACCUAGGGGUAUCGGCAGAGGCUAAAUCUGUUCUAACGCCCAGGUAUUGGCAGAGGCUAAAUCUGUUCUAACGCCCACCCGCCAGGAGUUAAAUGGUGCUACUACUACUACUACUACUACGCGUAGCAAAAAAAGCGCUCCCUUUGCUGCUCAUGCAAUACAGUUUUUUUUGGAAACCAAAUGCAGCAUCACAAGUUGCAUUUUUCCAGACCCAGACAUUUUUACAUUUGAUACGCCUCCUCCAAGGGCAAAAAAAGCGGAUGCUCGUGGCCCGCAACGGCAUAUAAUGGAGGUGCCUAUUGAAAGGAAAAAUCCCCCCUCCCCAUAUCGAAAAGGUAUGAUUUCGAAAAUUUGUAUUGCUGAUUUGAGGUCACAAAUCAUAUGUAUCUUGCAAGAAGACGAGGGCGGGAGCUUUCGCCCCAUUAUGGAGGCGAUUUGUCAUGCUGUUGGGCCUAAAGGGGAGCCGUUUGCCAUGCUGAGCAACUAGACACAUAAGCCCCUAUCUAGCCUGGAGAUCUGCCCGAAGUGCCUCUCUACAAUACAAAGCUGAUUUGUCUACGCAAAUCCAGCAUCAGAAACUUCCUUUUGAUAUGGGGAGGGGGGAUUUUUCCUUUUGAUAGUGCCCCCUCGAUGUCCUGUGGAACGCCAUCGUAUCAAAUGUAAAAAUGUCUGGGUCUGGGAACUUGUGAUGCUGGGUAGCGUCUCAUGAUGAGGCUACAGAUGCUGGCUCAGCAUGACAAGUUUCUGAGCUCCUAGGUGUUGCCUAUUCUGCAUGACAAACUGCGCUUCUGCAUCACAGAAAAACGCAGCUCUUGGGUAACGUGCAUGACAGAUUUAAGAGUCAUGCCAGACAAGCAUGACAAACAUGAAUUCUUCCAGACCCAGACAUUUUUACAGUUGAUACAUCGACCAGCACGACGACUCCGGUGCUGCAUCUCCUACCACCUUACCCAGAUUUCAACCACGGAAAAGCAGCCACCUCCCCCGCCACACGGCCGGACCCGCGUGCCGGGCGAGGGAAGGGAAAGGUCCAAAGCAAGGAUGCAAAAAGUAGUAGCGAAGAUCCACACCAGCAAUUAUAUAAUCACAGCCCAGGGAACGCGAACCAGUCCCACGAGCACCCUUUCGCUUACAAGCACGCACCGGGGGGCAACGGCUACAGCAACAUCAGCAAAAGUGGUACCUACAUGAAUAGCGCGCACAGCAGCACCAGCAGCAAGCGACCGUACGCUGCGGAGGGCAAAAAUCAGACCGUGGCAAAUGCUCGACUGGCGGAAAUCAUGGAUCUUGAGUCGGGCCGAAAUGGCACUCAGGUUUGUCUUUGCUUCAUAAGUUUUUCGAUAUGGCGUCUGCUAUGGCUAAAUUUUUCUGUGUUCCAUGUUGCUGGGCACAAGCCUUGACGUUGAGGAUAAAGAUAAUGCAUGGUAUAUAUAGCAUGUUGAUUGGGAAAAACAAGAUGAAGAUGUAUUUAUUAAACAGGACGAUGCCGAAAAGAUGAUUUCGAACGCCGAGCUGCAACGAACCUUGAGUAGCGGCAAUGUGAUGCCGCGCUUACGUCUCCGCGGUCUUCCUUUCACCGCCGCUGAAGCAGACAUUCUGGUAUGAUAUAGCGAUGACAAUAAACCUUUCUGUCUCAUUACGCGCAGAGCACAAUUCCCAUGCGAGUGCGACAGCGACAUCGAAAAAGAAUACAAAAUAGUCCCGUCCUAUGCCAUGCGUGUUUCCCACUUCGACUGUCCCUUGUAUUCUGUAUGAAAGUUCCUGUUGCUCUUGGAUACCUAUGAAAAACAAAAGCGACACUGACAUUGGGUACUUGGUCAUGAUGAAGAUCAUGGUCAUCAAGUAGAUCUUCAUUGAUGGACGUUCACAACCACAACAACAGCGCUGGUUGCAGGUUCACUGCGUGAACAGCUCGCGGAUUGUGUGCAUCGACCUGAUUAUCGCAAGAAAAAACCGUCUCACUCGCAACUUUAUAUGCGGAAGCUUCUUGGAGAUGCAGUUGCUGUCUCUUCUUUUGUCCCGCUCGACAUGCAAGAAUCGUGUCUUUCGCACGUGCACGUGCUUUCCGAUUCGGUUGUUUAUGGUGCAUGAAGAAAUGCCGCUCAUGUUAUUCUGAAUUAAUACUACAUUUGUGUUGCUGAGGAGGAGUGCGCAAAGCUUUGGGACCACUUUUUGAGGCAGCUUUUUCGUGGGAUACCUAUGAAGCGGCCAGAUGGCAAACCAAGUGGGCAAGCGCGGAUCUACCUGCACGGAGGUACACCGCAGGACGCAAUCGAGAUGCAGUCCAAGUUACAGUUCAAAUACAUGGGAAACCGGUACCUGGAGGUGUUUGUCGAGAACCCGCCAAACCACAAAAGAAAUUAUUCUUGA